AUGCAUGCUGCCGCCGCAGUCGGCGCGCGGGUGCUCACCGCGCUCGCGGCCGGGCUCAGCCGCGGGCCACUGGCGCGGAUGGCGGAGGAAGCGCUCGGCGCACCGCCGCCUGUAUUCGGUGACCUGCCGCUCGGCGACGCGACUUCGGCCGCCCUGCGCGGCGUGGGCAUCACUCGGCCGACGCCGAUCCAGCAGGCCGCCAUGAUGCGGCUCUUCCGCGGCGAGCACGCCGUCAUCCACUCCGCGACCGGCUCCGGCAAAACUCUUGCCUACCUCCUGCCGCUCCUGCAGCGGCUCCACACUUCGAGGCCCGGUCAGCUCGUCGUCGUGGUCCCGUCCAGAGAGCUGGCCCUGCAGACGGCGGCGGCGGUCGAGUGGGCGUGGCCGCACCACGGCACGCAGCGCGCCUUCCUCCUCACAAACACGUCGGCGCCGCCGGCCGAGCUCGCCGAGGCGAUGCGCGUCGCCGCGUGCCCGGUCGUCGUCGCGACGCCGCGGCCGCUGCUCGGCGCUGUCCGCCACCUCGCAGGCACCGACCGCCUCCACUCGCGCCGAGCGCUGCGCGCGAGCGGCGGCGAGCUGGCGGCCUUCGCGGCGCGGCUGCGCGCCGUGGUGCUCGACGAGGCGGACGCCCUGCUCCUCUCGCGGCAGCUCGCGCUCGCAGGCCCGCCAAAGAAGAUGCGCGCCGGCCGGGCUGCGCUCACCGGGGAGAUGGGGCGGCUGCUCUCCCUCCCGGACGCCGACCAGCUGCCGCUCCUCACAGAGGCGAACGCCGCCGCGCCGGCGAAGAGGAAGGUCGGCCAGCGAGGCCGCGGCGCCGUCGGCGUGCCUCCCGCCAUCUCGCACUCGUGGGUGCCGGUGCCGGCGGGGGGAAGCAAGGGCGCGGCGGCGGCGGCGGUGCUGCGCGCCCUCGCCCCAAAGGCGGCCCUCUACUUUGUGGACUGCGUGAUCCUCUCGGCGCUGCCAGAGGCGGCAGACACCUACCUCCACCUCGCGGGCAGGACAGGCCGCUGCGGCCGGCCGGGGCGCGUCGUCUCGCUCCUCGGCCCAGACGAGCACCGCCGGGUCGGAGCAAUCACGCGGCAGCUCGGCGUCUCGAUCCGAGGCGACGCCGACCUCGCGCUUGCCGUCGCCGAGGCGACAGGCGAGGCUGGCGGCGAGGCGGCCGUGGUGGCGGAGGGCGACGGCGCGGCGGGCGUCGAGGGCGAGCUCUUCUCCGGGGCGGAGUGGGCCGAGAUCAGCUGGUGA